GCCCACUAAAUCCCUGGCUCCAGCCCAUUCUUGUUCUAAUGAAUCGAAAUUUUCAGCUAAAUUUUGUCACUAUUCACAGAAUCAGAGCCAAAAGUUGGAAUUUUGACAGUUUUUUAGUGAUUAGUUGGUGACCAAGAAUAUCAAACAGCAACACCCCACUUGAUUUAUAGCCAUUCUUGAUAAAUUUCAUCAAUCUGUUACUCUAAUUUUAAAUACCCAUUAAGUAGCUAAGAGGAAAAUGGCAGAAGUAGCUGAUGAUGAUCAUGAGCAACAAGUUAAGCAACCAGAAAAGAAAAAACCAGAGUCCGAGGAUGACAAAAGAAGAAAAAAGAUUGUUCCUGGAAGUUUGAUGAAAGCUGUUGUGAGGCCUGGUGGUGGUGAAUCAAAACCUGCUGAGGGUAAUCAGGUAAUAUAUCAUUGUACAGUUAGGACACUGGAUGGAGUUACAGUUGAAUCGACACGGUCAGAGUUUGGAGGCAAGGGUACCCCAAUAAGGCAUGUUAUUGGAAAAAGCAAGAUCAUUUUAGGAUUGCUGGAGGGGAUUCCAACAAUGUUAAAGGGUGAAGUUGCGAUGUUCAAAAUGAAACCUGAAAUGCACUAUGGAGAGAAGGAUUGUCCAGUUGCAGCUCCAGAUAACUUUCCCAAGGAUUCUGAGCUUCAUUUUGAGAUUGAGUUGAUUGAAUUCUCCAAAGUGAAGGUGAUCACUGAUGAUUUGGGAGUCCUAAAGAAGGUUAUAGAAGAAGGACAAAGCUGGGAAACACCUCGGGAACCUUAUGAAGUAAAAGCUUGGAUUUCGGCAAAGUCAGGAGGUGGCAAAGUGAUUCUAUCGCGGACUAAGGAUGAACCAUAUUUCUUCACAUUUGGUAAAUCUGAGGUACCCAAAGGUCUCGAACUGGGAAUAUCGACCAUGCCACGUGGAGAGAAGGCAGUCAUUUAUGUUAAAAGCCAAUAUUAUACAGAAUCUACUUUAAUGCCUGUGGUAGAAGGUGUUGACGAAGUUCAUUUUGAGGUGGAACUUGUCCAUUUUAUUCAGGUACGGGAUGUACUUGGAGAUGGACGCCUCAUAAAACGCCGAAUACGUGAUGGAAGAGGUGAAUUUCCUAUGGAUUGCCCUCUCCAAGACAGUUUACUAUAUGUACACUACAAAGGUUUGCUUCUAAAUGAUGAAAAGACGGUGUUCUAUGAUACAAGAAUUGACAACAAUGGCCAGCCUUUGGAGUUCAGCUCUGGAGAAGGGCUUGUUCCUCAAGGAUUUGAAAUGUCUGUUCGUUUGAUGUUGCCUGGAGAGGUAUCUCUUGUAACAUGCCCGCCUGAUUAUGCCUAUGACAAAUUUGAAAGGCCAGCUAAUGUCCCUGAAGGUGCUUAUGUGCAAUGGGAGAUUGAGCUUCUUGACUUCAACACACCAAAGGACUGGACAGGGUUCAGUUUCAGAGAAAUAAUGGACGAUGUAGAGAAGAUCAAAGGCACGGGUAACAGGCUUUUCAAGGAAGGGAAAUUUGAACUUGCCAAAGCAAAGUAUGAGAAGGUGCUUCGUGAGUUUAAUCAUGUUCAUCCUCAGGAUGACGAGGAAGGAAAGGAAUUUGCAAACACCAGGAAUUUGUUGCAUCUCAAUGUUGCUGCCUGCUUACUGAAAUUGGGAGAGCAUAAGAAGUCAAUUGAGGCGUGCAAUAAGGUGUUAGAUGCAAAUCCUGUUCAUGUGAAAGCUCUCUAUCGACGUGGGAUGGCUUACAUGUCUUCCGGAGAUUAUGAAGAAGCAAGAUCUGAUUUUAAUAAGAUGAUGAGCAUCGACAAGUCAUCUGAGGCUAGUGCAAAGGCAGCUCUUAUGAAACUUAGAAAGGAGGAACAGGAAGUUGAGAGGAAGGUUCGUAGGCAAUUUAAGGGACUGUUUGACAAAAGACCUGGUGAGAUCGCAGAAGUCGGGACUAAUGACAGAGGGGAUGAUGAUGAGGCUACAGGUGCAAAUCUUGAAAAGGAUGAUCUUGACAAUUUAGACGACCAUGAAGAGGGAACUCAUCAGACCACAGCGCCUCCACCUCCGCCAGGUAUUUUGUCCCAAUUGAGAAAGCUUUUCGCAUCUGUUGGCCUGAACCGAUGCACCAUAUUGUGAGAUUCAAAACGACGAAACACCAUGCAACGAUAUCAACAUCAUUUCAUUUCUGCUCAGUCAGUGACUCCAAAGAAAACAUAGAAGGUGAUUACUCACACACUAUUAUAACACAAUAACUUGAUGAAGAUGAGACAAUUUAUCUUUUAUGACAUAAUUGAUGUUGCUGUAGUUGUUCAUAUAGAUAUUAUGGAGUUCUUGUUCUGGAAAUGAGAUUUUCCUUUCUACCUAUGAGGCCAGUGUAUUAGAAUUUUACAAAUUAUAGCUCUGUUGAGGAUACUAAAUGACUAAUCUGAAUCAUUUCAACCUCUAAUUUACUUGCUUCA